UGCCUGUGCGUGUGCGUGUGCGUGUGCGUGUCUGUGUGACCCUGUAUGACGCGAAGGGCGCCCUCGUCGUCUCUUCGCCAGCGCUCUCCAUACGGAGAUCCCUCGGGCAGCCGCUAUCGCUGGUGCUAUCGCUGGUGCUGCUGACCUCAUCGCGAAUCCGAAGGGUCAUCGGUCUCCGUGCAGGAGCUGGGUUCCACCUUGAUUGAUUGCUUGACGGAGGAUGCAGCGUUCUUCUGAUGCAUGGUUGAUCCAUGGGUGAUUGCAAACUGAUGAAUGCUGGCGAAUGGACAUGAAAAGCUGCAAGAUCGAGCAAUGCUUGGUGACGAUGUGAGUCAGGGAAGCCACAAAAAUGGAGGAGAAGUCCGAUUUAACACCCACCACUGCUGGUGAACCAUCGAUGAAGACAACCAGUUUCUUGAAGAAGGCCAGAGACUCGCAUGGGAGGAAGGUUAUCAAUCAGUAUGUGUUUGUUGAGGAGAUUGGUGAGGGGACUUACAGUAAAGUAAAGAAGUGCUUUGACACCGAGAAAUGUGUCUACCGUGCGAUGAAGAUCAUGGACAAACAUCGUCUGCAUCGCAAGUACAUUGGUGAAGGGAAGACGGCUUUGCAGGAUGUUAUGCGUGAGGUCGAAAUCCUUGGGGGCCUCAGCCAUCAUCCGAAUAUCAUUACACUUUACGAGGUUAUUGAUGAUAAACCAGCGGCCCCUACUGGGAAGAUGUAUCUCAUCUUCGACUAUGUUGAUGGAGGCCCGAUGAUGGAUGGUGAUGAUGAGGUGAUGCACCCGGUCUCAGAAUCUGUUGCGCGGGUAUGGUUUUCACACAUUUGCUCCGGUUUGCACUUUCUCCAUGCGAACAAGAUCGCUCAUCGUGAUCUAAAGCCAGAGAAUCUCUUGGUAAGCGUUGAUGGAGUUGUUAAGAUUGCGGACUUCAGUGUUGCUGACACCUUUGAGAGUGCAGACGGAAGUUGCAGGACGGUAGGGACACCGGCCUUUUGGGCACCCGAGAUAUGUAGUGGGGACCAUUACCGUGCAGCGCUGACGGACAUCUGGGCCAUUGGCAUCACACUGUACAUGAUGAUCUAUGGUACCGUUCCUUUCCAAGCAUCAAACCUGAUGCAGCUAUCCGAUCGGAUUCAAAAUCAGGACUUGGAGUUUCCCACAGAGCCGCGUGGCGUGUCAGAAGAUCUGAAGCUGUUGCUCCUGGGCAUCUUGGACAAAGACCCGAACUGCCGAAUGUCACUUAUCGAUAUCAUGUCACACCAAUGGAUGACAGGAGAAGAAGGGAAGGUCACAAGAAGCCCCUCUGAUAUGUGAUGCUGCAUGGCCAUCUUAAUUGUAUAGCAGAAGUGUGAUUCACUGAAUGGCCACGAGUGAAUUGGAUGGCAGACGUGGCCAGGGGUGUGACUUCCUGAACCUGGUUUGGUCUGCCGGGGGAUGUGGGGUGGGAGAAGGCAAUAACUGAGAUGGAAGUGGAUCUAUGCCAUUGAUUCAGGAUCUAUGCUCAGAUAGAAUCCAUUAGUGGAUUUUAUGGUGGUAGGGCAUGCCGGUCAGUUGUCUGUCGAUGUGCCUGGCUGCUAGGUUAAACUAGCUCCAAGGAGCUUUGCAAAGUUGGGUGGAACAGUGUGUAACUGAUUGGUCUAUUAUGACUGCAUGAGUGUCUGCCAGAGUAGCUGCAAUUUGUC